AUGAAAAUCCUUGCGGUAUUUCUGGUGCUGGUCAUCUUUGGGACACAAUCUCAUGGAUAUGAGGUUUAUAACAUCAUUAGCCCAAACAACAAUGGUGGCAAUCUUCAGGAGACAGUGACAAUUGACAAUCAAAAAAAUAUCGCCAUCGUUAACAUCCAUGCAGGAUCAUGCUCCUCUACCACGAUUUUUGACUAUAAACAUGGCUACAUCGCUUCCCGGGUGCUCUCCCGAAGAGCCUGCUACAUCCUGAAGAUGGACCAUAAGGCCAUCCCCGCUCUGGACGAACUAAAACGAUACAUCUACGAGAAACAGGCUAUGAAGAACAUGUACUCUGACAAAUACCUCUGGGUCAAGUACAACCCACUGCAGUCUCUGAUCAUGCACAUAGACUGGUUCCUGUUCGGCUCACCCAUCAGGCAGCUCUGCAGUCAUGUUCCCCUGUACAAGGGGGAAGUGGUUGACAAGAUAUAUAACGUCCGUGCUGACGUCUGCUCAAGGACCGGAUUCCUGGGCAUCUUUGGAAUCUCCAUCUGCGCGAGUGUUGGCGUUUAA